AUGGCGGAACAUGAGUUGAAGCCAUUUAUUCUUGAUCUUCCAAACGAGAUCUUGAUAGCAAUACUGGAACAAGUCGCGAGGCAUGAAUUGGUCAAUCCCAUUACGCCGAGUCUCUUCGUGUGCCGCCGCUUUUGCCAACUUGGCAUACCCGUUCAGUACAAACGUCUGAAGUUAAGUUCCAGCAAGGAUGUGUCCCGCUCAAAGCCCCGUAUAAGUGAGCUACAGCGAACGCUCCAGGAGAACUCCGGGCUGGGCCAGUAUUGCCGUGACCUUUGCAUCUGUUCCAACGAUGCGGACGACAGCGAUUCGAACGAUCGUAAUUCGGGGGAAAGCCAUCACGGCUGGGACGACGGCGAUUGGAGUGACGGCGAUUCGGAUGGCAAUUCUGAUGGCAACGAUGCGGACGACAGUGAUGCGGACGACAGCGAUCCCAACAACUUCCCAAUUCUCCGAAACAUCGCAUCGAGUCUUCCGAAUGUUCAUUCUCUUGAAAUAGAUGGAGGUCUUGGCAUGGAUGAAGGAUCCUACAGUGCCAAAAACAGGGAUACUUGGUGCCUUUUCCGUUUUUGUGUGGCUUUCAUGCCGUCUCUCCGGACGGUGUCUCUGCGCGGGGGAAUGGGUGGUCAACUAGAUGUUCGUGAGCUUAUGGACACUCUGAAAGGUACAUCAGUUCGACGUCUCAUUCUGCACGGAUUCGAGGUUUCCGAUUCACCUAUACACCAAUGGCCAUCACAGGAGUUCGGGCCGUCCUGCAUAAACGAGCUAGACUUAGAAUUGUGUAACGAGAGACCAACGGUCACAGCUUGUCUUCUUGAGUGGCCGGAAGCCCUGACAAGCCUCACAUUUAAAAACAACUGUUCCGGCCAAAAGGAUAUGGACCUGCCGGCGCUUGGGUCGAUGCUGCGAAAGCACAAGGAUAGCCUAGUCAAAUUAUCGAUUGGGUCCCUCGCAAGUGAAGGCAUGGGGAAACUAUUUGACUUGUCGGCGUUUGGAGCAAUGGAGGAACUGGAGCUUGUUAUGCAGCAGAUCGUACCAAAUUGGCCUGCGAACUUCGGCGAGAACGACUACAGUUCUCUGCUACCGCCCAACUUGAACAUUUUGAAAGUGGGAAUUUUUGGCUCCGACAAAGAUAACUAUGAACAUUUCCGUGACGGGGCAGGGAGUUGGCUGCGAGGCUAUGCGAAGGCAGCAGUUCGCCAGAAAGUACCGCUACAAGAGAUUGUCCUAGACGUCCCGGUCUUAGCACGCAAACGCUCUCGGUCGCCUGCCUUAUUUUUAUGGGGAAGAUUAGAUGCUCCAGAGUUCGAUCAAUUUUGGGACGCGAUGGAUGCUCUAGAGAAAGACUUGCGGUCGAUGGGAAUAGCACUGACUUAUUAA